GCUGCGCUUAUGUGUGUGUAUAUACGAACACAUCGCACAAAAUGUUUACGUUUUGGGUGCAGGCGGAUCACCUCGCUGUCAUUUCACAAUUAUCUCGAUUGAGCAAGAAUAUAAAUUAGGCAGAAUCAUUUAUAAAAAUAAACAUAAAAAACUAGAACCGUCGUGGGAAAUAAUUUGAAUAUUCGUAAAAAAAAUAGAUCUGCAGUUAUGGGCAGUUAUGCGAGCAGGAUUGCAUCCGUAUCAAAUAUUGCAGUGAAUUCCGUUUAUCGAACUCGCAAGCGAAAAUGUAUAGAAGAAGACGAUUUGGAUCCAGAAUCAGAAUUCAUCGACAGGACCUUACAAACACCAAAAAAAAGAAAAUUGUUGACAACAGCACAGUAUAUUUACAAAACCCUAUUCCAAGAAGAAAAAGGUAGUGACGUCACUGUCCUGAUGUUGGGAAAAGCUUGGAGGCUGCACAAAGUCUAUAUAACUCAGAGCCCCUACUUUUCAAGUAUGUUCUCUGGGUGUUGGCGAGAAGCUAAUGAAAAAGUAGUCAGCGUAGAGAUAACAGAUCCAAAUAUCACCUUGGACUCUCUGGGAACUGUGCUAGGUUCUCUGUAUCUUGACGAACUUAGUUUGGAGCCAAAGGAUGUAAUAUCAAUACUUGCAACAGCUACAUUAUUCCAGUUACAAAGUUUGAUUGACCAAUGUACAGAAAUUAUGGUAGAAACAACAAACAUCAAAACUGUAGUAGCUUAUCACAAUGCCGCUGCGUCAUAUGGGGUCCCUGUUGUAAAGAAGGCUGCUAAACGGUGGCUCGAAGUCAAUUUACUUGGAUAUGGGUGGCUUCAUCCCGAAAUUCUGAAUGAAAUCACACCAGAUUUAAUGGUUGAAUUAAUCACUAGUCCGGAUCUUGUCGUCAUGCAAACAGAAUUUUGCAUUUACAUGAUGCUUAGGAUAUGGUUGUUCAUUCAUCUGCAGAAGAAGCAAGAAAUUAUGCAAAUAGAAGAAUUUUUCAUGAACCACACGUGGACAGAGCCAUUCCUUACCACGGAGGAGGGCAAAGAAUACGCUGCACCGUUCAAGUCGUUGAGGAUGAAAUACUUACUUCUUCAUCAUCAAGACAUCAAAAUUUUGUAUGGUGAUAAUCUAAUCCCCCCUGACUGGCUACACGAUGCUUACAAAGAACAGUGGCAUCACCUUCUGCAAAUUGACGCAGGCAAAGACUGUGGUCCGAGGCAGAUGAGUGAAGAGGAAUUUGCCCGAGGAUGCUUCAGAUGUGGUAGGUGUGUAGAAAAGGGUGGGGAGCACAUCUGGCGUUGGACGGCAUUCCAUUUUGGACUAGAUAUUGUUACCUCUUUGGAUACAACGACUUUAAGAAUUAAACUAAAUCAUAGAACAGACACGGAACACAUACAAUCUAAUCACGCGAAGCAUAAUAUCAUCGUAAAAGUGAGCUUAAUUUCCUUAGAUGAACAGCGACAGGUGAAACACAUUCAGAAUACUGGAAUGCUCAGAUUAUCCUUGCACAAAAACGAAGAGAAACAAGUAAUGGCGCUUGACAAACAGUUGACCUAUCCCCUGUAUAUAUCAGUUAACAUGCAAGUUGUUACACCUUUUGCAACGACAGAGGAACCGAAGCCGCAGCAGCCUGCACCGAUAGUCAUGGUGCUUUCCGACACACUAUAAGAUUCGUUUUUAUUUCCCUGUACCUUCAUCUGAUCAGGAUCGCGGAGCAAGUUUCAAUAAUCGAUUCAUACUAUGACGUUGGGUCAAGCCUUAAUGGGGCUUGUUACUUAUUACUGGUGUGCUUAAAUUACGUGAUAUCGAGCUAAAUGAAGCAAUGAAUUCAAACGCUCAAAUACUCAAUCUGAUUUUUUUCACGUUUCAAAUUUUAAAAGUUAGACUACUUUUUUUUUUUUUUUCUUAAUUGUUUUUUCAUUCCAUUUUCGCUCCAUUCAUUUUUACGCUUGCAAACUGCCCAUAAGUGAUCUUUGAAUAUCGGUUCGGGGUGGGUAACAGAAACUAAAUUGCCAAGAUCUAGAAACUCACAAUACAAAUAAACGCUAAUGCUUUUAUAACAAUAGGUCUGCCUAUUUUCUGGAGCCGCCAGCUAUUCAUUCACAACUCAUUCUAUUAAACUGUUUACGCUAAAGACACGUAUUAUGAUUAAAACCUUUGGCCCAUGUUGUAAUUACGUGCGUGUUACUUACGUGAACUCCUAGUUAAAAAUGAGCGAUUUACAUCGGAAUCGUAAAUCUUUCACCCUGUCAGUAAUAAGUUUCUUAUUAUUUAGGUCGUUGGUUUUAAUGCAUAAAUGGAAGUUGAUAGCCUAUGUCAAAAGUGACAAAUUAAGACCAUGUUGAGAAGCAUUUAUCCACGUCAGAUUCUCACUUUCUAGUACUAUGAAUGUACGUCAGUACGUUACGCGUAAUUUUCACAUAUACAUACAUAAUAUAUAUUGUAUGUGGUGCCUUUGCAUAAAAAAAAAGAAAAUAAACCUGGUAUUAUAUUAUUACUUUUAUAAAUAUAGAGAAUAUCUAGUAUCAUAUAAACACUUGUAAAAAUAUACUAUACCUAAAUUCGAAUCGUUGCGAUAAAAUGUUAAAAUAACAAGAUACUUAUAUUUGAAAAACUUUUUUCGCAUAUCUGUAUGUCAUGUGUACAUUAAUACAGAUACUCAACUGCGUGUAUGAUAAUAAAGUAUUUAUAUUGUAAUAUAAUAAUAA